AUGCCCGCAAGAGCCCGUCCAAUAUCGGCCUUGCACGCGUACGGUCACUUUACCACGGCGACCGCCUGCCACACUUGCCAUUCCAUGGCCGGUUGUUUGUAUUGCAUUAUAAACAUCAACCCAGCUAUGAAGUUUCGACAUUCUCUUGUUUCUGGCCUGUUUCUUCUGCUCAAAGCGGCUCGAGUGUUGGCUAGUCCAGCACCGGUUGCACAUUCGGAGAUCAUGACGCGAAGCAUUUCCACUGUACUGUACGACGACCUGGUGCGGUACACCAAGUAUGCUUCCGCCGCCUACCAACUGGCCUGCCCAAGUCCUUUGGGAAACCACCUUGUACAAUCGUUCUCACAAGGCAGUACGCAAGGCUUCGUUGCAAGAGACGACAACCGCCGUGAAAUUGUCGUGUCAUUCCGCGGGACAUCGAGUCUGGCUGACGCAAUCACUGAUCUCAACCUUGUUUUGACGCCCUUGGCCACACCCGGGAUAAACAAACCUUUCUCCGUCCAUUCUGGCUUUCUCAAUGCAUACAACGAUGUCGCACGCAUAGUCAUCAACAGCGUCGGUACACAGGCAUCGCAAUUUAGCCAGGGUUACUCUUUGAUCGUCACCGGACACUCCUUAGGCGGGGCGCUUGCCGCUCUUGGCGCGGUCUCCCUGAAGACCGCCUUCCCGAAAGUACCGAUGAAGCUAUACACUUUCGGACAACCACGGACAGGCGACGCUCAAUGGGCGAAGUAUAUCGAAUCGCUCGUGGGCGUCGACAAUAUAUUUCGGGCUGUGCAUACCUUUGACGGAGUCCCUACGAUCGUUGCCCCGGGGUUUCAACACCACGCUACUCAAUAUUGGCAGUCACACGACCCCAUCCCACUCCUCGAAUCAGCGGAAUCGACCGUGACGCGCUGUAUCGGGGAAGAGGACCCGGCAUGCAGCAACAUCAUACCCUCGACAGGAAUCAAUCCCGCUCAUGUGUUUUAUUUCGGACAAGUCAUGGCCGUAAACCCGCUGCUUUGCGUCUAA